GUUCCUCUUCGCUCGUUCCAGACUUCGUACUUCCGCCUUCGUUCGAUCUUGCAGACUCCCGCAGACGCCGUAGACCGCAGUUCAGUUUGUCGCUCCUCCCUCGCGAGUCUCUUCUGAUAGUCCCGCAGGCCGCAGUCCCGCCUUCGUCCUCAGUCGCCGGCUCGCCGUCCUCGCGUUUGGACUAUCCGUCACAGUUUUGCAGAGUCGCCGCCGGCCGUCCUAGCUUUUUUCUCCAAAUCUCCAAUCAUCCGAAGUAAGGCCAGUUGCCUAGUUUUGCAGUUUGCCAGCCCUUUAUUUUCGUUCUGGUUCCGCCACUGACAGCAUGGAUGUAGUUUUUGCAACAUUGCUGCUCGCUAUCUUACUUGGGAUCCUCAUUCUUAUCCCCAGAGUGCGCAAAAUUUCCGAUGAACCCAGAAAACUCCAAGCAAAUGCUCAAGUGAAGGUACAUAAAGCCUACAGUAAAGCAGAAGUUGCAUUGCAUAACAAAAGAUCUGAUUGUUGGAUCAUUAUACAAGACAAGGUUUUUGAUGUUACCUCGUAUGUGGAAGAACAUCCUGGGGGCGAUGCCAUAUUAGCACAUGCUGGUGGUGAUUCAACAGAAGGAUUUUAUGGGCCUCAACAUGCCUCCCGAGUAUUUGAGAUGGUUGGCGAAUUCUGCAUAGGAAAACUGGAAAAAUAAUCAACCUGCAAAUGGUUUGGGCAACACCACUUUGUCAUUUCAUACAUUCUUGUGCUCACUUGAUCUUUCCUCAUGCUGAAUCAUUUCCAUCUCACUAAUCAAGUGUCAUGUAUAUCAUUUGCUGCGUUUUAACAUUCAAACAAGCUUAUUUGAUCAUCUACCCUCCAUUAUACUAAUUCCUCUUCACUCAUAUUGACGGCCUAUUUUUCAAUAAGUUUAGUAACCCACUGGUUUGGUAGCUAUUUUGGCUAGUCCAACUUGUGCUCCUUGAGAUCAUAAUACAUCUUUGUUAUUUUGGUCUUUACCAUGUCAACUGUCAAGUAUUUUUUUGCCCGGCCUGGCUUUCUUUGGCAUGAAAUGUUACUAGGGUUGUUUAUGGUCUGGAGAUCUACUCAUUUAGCAUCAUUUAUGUUUCUUGACUUUUAAAU